AUGGAAUACAGAUUUUUAGGAAAUUCUGGUCUCAAAGUAUCAGCUAUUGAAUUUGGAAACUGGUUAAAUAGUGAUUCUUCUGAUAGAAAGUAAAAAAUGAUUGAAAUCAUAAAAAGAGCUUACACUCUUGGAAUUAACUUCUUUGACACAGCUGAAGCUUGUAGUUAAGGUGAAGGCUAAAUCUAAUUUGGAGAAGCCUUCAAAGCUCUAGGAGCCCCAAGAUAAGAAAUAGUCAUUUCUUCUAAGAUCUUCUGGGUAGCUCCACCAACUUCGGUUGAUAUUAAAAAAUUUAACUAAAUUGGUUUAUCUCGCAAGCAUAUUCUUGAAGGAGUGAAAGUCAGCUGGUUUAAAGAGAUUUCAAUUAGACUACUUAGAUAUAGUCUUUUGUCAUAGAUUUGA